AUGAUUCUGUUCACUUUACUUCUUUCUUUUGCGGCAGCUUUACCUGCAGAGCAACCGAAUUUGGACAUUGUGGGUGGUAGCUAUGCUGUCAAAGGAGAGUUUCCGUAUGCUGCAGCACUAACGACUAAGUUUGCUGGAAAUGUCAGUCUUGUCUGUGGUUCAAGUAUUCUUUCAAAAAGUUGGAUACUCACUGCUGCUCAUUGUGUGACAUAUGAAGAUAUUUUCGAGGUCGUGGUCAACGCUGGAAUAAUCGAUCUUUACGAUGAACAAGCACAAGCCAGAAAUAUAGUAAAUUACAGAAUUCAUCCUAAUUAUGAAAAAAAUACGGCACACGGAUACGAUCUUGUUGUGGUGAAAGUGGAUCCACCUUUUGAAUUUGGGGAAUUUGUUCAACCAGCAAACAUGCCCGAAGCUGAUUCUGAUCCAAUUGAUUGGAGAUAUUUAACAAUUGUGGGAUGGGGACAAGUGGAUGAUCGUACCUCUGGACAUCUUUUAAAGAAAGUCCGCGUUCCAUUAGUAGAUUAUGACGAGUGCAUGCAAACACUUGAGAAAGAAAAUGAACCAGAUGCAUAUAAAUACAACAACACCGAAGUGUGCACACUAUCUCCAGGAAACGGUCCUUGUUUUGGAGAUGGUGGCGGACCUUUGAGUCAGAACAGCGUGCUGAUUGGAGUUGUUUCAUGGGGAACUCAUCUCUGUGCUCAAAAUGAAUCGAUAGCACUAUACCCAAAAGUGAGUUCGUUUAUUAGCUGGAUACAAGACAAUAUUGACGAGGAAUUGACUUUUGCUUAA